AUGUUCCUCAGGUUGGAAGAAGUGAAGAGUCUAUUAGGGGUGACAUCGAGACUGGCAAAUGAAGUGGGGAUUAUCCUGGCUGGUGAUCUGAAUGGACAUGUGGGAGCGAGUAGUGAGGGUUAUGGAGGAGUACAUGGAGGGUUCAGUUACGGCAUGAGAAAUUUUAAAGGAGAGAGGAUUUUAGAUUUUAGUGAUGCCAUGGAUAUGAUUGUCUGUAAUACAAUGUUUAAGAAAGAAUCAGAGAAGCUGGUGACUUAUAAGUCGGGUAGUACCCAAAGUGCAGUGGAUUACUUGUUAUUAUGGAGAUGUGAUCGAUGUAUAGUAAAAAAUAUGAAAGUGAUACCGGGAGAGGAAUGUAUAAAUCAGCAUCGACUAGUUGUAGGAGAUCUCACUCUUAAAGGUGCCAGGGUCACUAAAGGAAAGUUUGUCCCAAGGCUGAAGGUUUGGAAAUUGAAGGAGGAGAGUGCUAGACGUCAAUUCAAUAUGGCAUUAGCGAUUAGGGAGGCGGAGGUGGCACAAGUAUCUAGGGUGUAUGGCAAGUGGGAAGCCAUGAAGAAAGCCUGGGUAAUGACAACUGAGGAGGUAUGUGGAUGGACAAAAAGGCUGCCUAGACAUAAGGAGACUUGGUGGUGGAACCCGUAA